UGCGCUAGGAGGUACAAUUUGGACGUCCAGAAGAUAAACUCCUGCGCCACUUCGGCCGAAGGCGACCAACUGCUAGCUGCCAAUGGCGACAAGACUCCAUCAAUCGCCUUUGUGCCCACAGUGGUGUACGAUGGCGUUUUCGACCAACAGACCCAGGAGCAAUCCUUGAUAGACUUCGUGGCAGUGGUGUGCAGUAAAAUUAACGAAACCAAGCCUUCCGUAUGCGAUAAAAAGGAAUUGCCUAGGAUUAAUAAUAUUUGGAAUAUAUUUUGAAUAUUCUCGUUUAGUUUGUUUUAUAUUUUCGUAAAAUGUAUUAUACUUCUUUUACAGUUAUUCUCUCCGAUUCUUUUGUGGUGCGAAGUUAUUGUUAAAACAGUGAAAUUGUGCUAAAACAUCCUCCAUUAUAUAAUCCUCUAAAUAACAAUGACAUAGUCCGAGGCAAAAUUAAAU